CUGACUACAGAUGCUGUUAACCGUCACGCGAUUAAAACAUGCAACUAUUGCUUGUCACCUAUAUUGUCAUAUAACUAAAAAAAUUGUAUCCAGAUAUUGGAAUAAAGAAAUGAGUUUUAAGAUUUUUUUUGUGUUUUGUCUAUAUUUAGGAGUAACGGAAACCAAAGUGUUCAAAAAUUUCAACAAAUGUCGCCAUUUCUUUUACAAAGGACAAAGUCCAAGUUUUUUAAAUCUUUCUGGGGAUAUUGUUUACAUAUGUCAACAGUACAACAACAAAUUUUUUUAUGCAACUCUUUAUGAUACAAAGAAUAGAAUUCCUGUAUACAGUGCAUUAGAACUAGACUUACGUUUUAAUGGCAAACGUCUCGAUGACAAAUUUUUCAUAGAGCCAAUGCUAGCAACUAAUGGAGGAGGAAACAUGAUCGAAUUUGACUCUUCUAAACAUUCGACGUAUGGAAAAAAGCAAGCAUUAGGUACGGACUACAGCAAUAGUGGAUAUGACAGAGGCCAUUUAAAUCCACAAAUGUUCAAUACAUUAGAUGAUGACACCAGAUAUGCAACCAAUACUUUUACUAAUAUUGCGCCACAAUAUGAACCAUUCAACCUAGGAACAUGGCAGGACAUGGAGAAAAAACUAUUGAGCACUACAAAAGCUGAAUGUAACUUUCCAGGAGCAAGAAGAUAUGUUAUUGUAGGAGUGCAACCAAGUUCCAAUAGAUAUAUAGAGCGAGAUAUAGGUAACCAGCAAGAUGUAAAAAGAGUUAAUGUACCAAAAUUUUACUGGACUGCCAUUUGUUGUGAUACCUCUACGGCGACUGACACUGAUGAUCGAGAAAAGGGUUGGUCGUUUGCAUAUAAAGCAGAUAAUAUAUAUGACAGAGCCGUCACUGUUACUUUUGACCCUGUGGACAAAUUUCUACCGAAUCAGUACUCAAAAAUAUUUGCGGAUUACACUAGCAAUGGGAAAACCGUAGUAGGCUGUCAAUUCAGUAGAGAUGAUGCUGUACGAAUUAUUACGCAUAUUAAACAAACUAUCGGAGGUUUUCCAAUAUUUGAACCGAAUCCUACAUCACGCUUCUAACCAAUAGCAUUUUAUCUAAUACUAUUCGGAAUUAGUAAGAACCUUAUAGACCGAAUAAUACCAGCUUAAAACUAUUAACUGUUUAUUAAAA